AAAUACGGCCACUGCCCAGCGCCGACCGGCAGAGCAGAGCAGAGCAGCCGAUUCAAUCAUCUGGUACUGGAGUGACCUGCUAGCAAUGGCGCCCUCCUCCUCCUCCUUCGCCGUCGCGGCGGCUCUGCUCCUCUGCAUCCUGGCCGCGCACGGCCACGGCUGCUGCGCCAAACGGAGCAGCGCCAAGAAGUCCCACUCCCACCACGGCGCGCCGCCUCCUGCUCCUUCCCCGCCGGCCACCCGCCCACCGUCCUACGGCUACGGCUCCCCUCCUCCCCCGGCCGCCAGCACGCCGCCCCCUGCUCCUUCCCCGCCGGCCACCCGCCCGCCGUCCUACGGCUACGGGUCCCCUCCUCCACCGGCCGCCAGCACGCCGCCCUACGGCUACGGGGCGCCUCCUCCCGCCGCCAAUUCCAGCUCCAACAGCACCAAUGUCGACGCCGGCGGCUGGCUCGACGCCAGGGCGACCUGGUACGGCGCGCCCAAUGGCGCCGGGCCAGACGACAACGGCGGCGCCUGCGGGUUCAAGAACGUCAACCUGCCACCCUUCUCCGCCAUGACCUCCUGCGGCAACGAGCCGCUCUUCAAGGACGGCAAGGGCUGCGGCUCCUGCUACCAGAUACGGUGCGUGUCGGCGGGCCACCCGGCGUGCUCCGGCGUGCCGGAGACGGUGAUCAUCACGGACAUGAACUACUACCCGGUGUCCCGCUUCCACUUCGACCUCAGCGGCACCGCCUUCGGCGCCAUGGCCAAGGACGGCCGCAACGAAGAGCUCCGGCACGCCGGCAUCAUCGACAUGCAGUUCAGAAGGGUGCCGUGCCAGUACCCGGGGCUGACGGUGACGUUCCACGUGCAGCACGGUUCCAACCCCUACUACCUGGCCAUCCUGGUGGAGUACGAGAACGGCGACGGCGACGUGGACCAGGUGGACAUGAUGCAGUCGCGGCCGGACGCCGCCGCCGGCGAAGGCGGGAUGGCGCCGACGGGGGAGUGGGUGCCCAUGACCGAGUCCUGGGGCUCCAUCUGGCGGAUGGACACCCGGCGCCCCAUGCAGGGCCCCUUCUCGCUGCGCAUCACCAACGAGUCCGGCAAGACGCUCGUCGCCGACCAGGUCAUCCCCGCCGACUGGGAGCCCAACGAGAUCUACAGCUCCAUCAUCCAGUUCGACUAACCAUUUUCACUUACCUUGAUCCACCAUAUAUACACACCCACAAAAUAUGUAUGUGUGUGAUGAUGCAUGCGUGCGUGGCGCGGGUGAUUUUAGUGCCUUACGUAGCAGGGUGAGACGUCGCCUGUGACGUCCGGUGAGUAGCGUCGUCGUCCAUCGUGUACUCCAGUCCUGUGCUUAGCCUUAUACUACUACAUGCAUGUAUCACUUUCAUUAUAAUGUUGGCAUCUACUCCAAUUGUCCA